AUCAUCAUCAUCAACAACAACAUCGAUUAAUAAUGUUGAUGAUGAUGAUGAUGUUGAUCAGAAUUUAAAAUUAAGUCAUCGACGUGGUUAUCGUGCUGCAGCGGUUUCACCAAGUUUGAUACCAUCAUCAUCAUCAUCAUCAUUGGAUCAUCAUCAUCAUCAUUCAACCGGAAUCGUUGUCGGUUGGGGUUCAGUUGAACGUCAUGGUGAUUUAUCCGGUACCGGUUCAAGUGCAACAAUGGAUCAAUCAACACAAUCACAUCAUCAUACAUUGGCCGAUGAUUUUGUUGAACAAUGGAAUCGUAUGCGUAAUAAUAAUACUGGUCAUACAAACAACAACAAUAACAUGUAUAUCGAUAAUGAUAAUGAUGGCCGUUGGACAAUAAUGAAUCCUGUAUUAGAUUCAGAUGAUCUAUUACAGUUACGAAAAGUUGAACUGCCAUUUAUUGAUCGUUUUACAUGUGAACGUUGGUAUGCAAGCCGUUCACGGCCAAUACAAUUGAUUGAACGACAAUUCUGUGCCGGCCUUUAUGAAGGUGGUAAAGAUGCUUGCCGUGGCGAUUCUGGUGGUCCAAUGUUGGAACGUUUACUUACAUACGAUUCUAUUAAUCAUCGUAUGAUGGAACAGUAUCGUAUUGUUGGUAUUGUAUCGGCUGGAAUUGGUUGUGCUCUACCAAAAUUACCGGGAAUCUAUACACGUGUUGAAUCAUAUUUAGAUUGGAUCGAAUUGAAUAUUAAUCAUUAUGAAGAGGAAAAAGUUCGACAACAACAAUAUAAUAAUGAUAAUAAUAGUGAUUCAAAUAACCUUUCCUCAUCUUCUUUCAUAUCACCAUCGAUAAUCAAAUCAAAUUCUUAUCAUCCACAUUAUCCACAAACACAUAAUAAUCAUAUUUAUAAUUAUGAAACAAAAUUAGAUAAUUAUCAUUAUCAUCAUCCAUCAUUGAAUGAUCAUGAUAUGGAUUAUGAUCAAUCUAUAUUAUAUCCGGAUAAUGUAUCCGAAAUAGAACCAAAUCCGGAUGAAGAUCCAGAUCUAGGUUGGAGUAGAUAGAGCAUAAAAAGUCAUAAAGUUCAUAAUUUUUUUGAUGAGAAUUUCAUUUUUAUUAUUAUUAUUAUUUUGCAAUGAAUUUCUCAUAUAGAAUCGACAUGCAUACAAACACACCGAAAGCAUCUAUUGAUCAUUGACAGAAUCUAGUCAUAUUAAACACACAAAUAUUUUAUGUCGAUUACAUUUUUCUGUUCAAA